ACUGCGGCACAAGGAGGCAGUGGUCAGUCUCAUUCGACUGCGGCACAAGGAGGCAGCGGUGGGUCUCAUUCGACUGCGGCACAAGGAGGCAGCGGCGGAUCUAAUCCGACUACGGCACAAGGAGGCAGCGGUGGAUCUAAUCCGACUACGGCACAAGGAGGCAGCGGUGAAUCUAGCCCGACUACGGCACAAGGAGGCAGCGGUGGAUCUAACCCGACUACGGCACAAGGAGGCAGCGGUGGAUCUAACCCGAGUACACCGCAAGGAGGUAGCGAUGCGCCCUCAGUGCCAACGUCGCCAGAGCCUCCAACGGACACAACGAGUGGCGCAAAUGGAGUUCAGUUCGGUAAAGAAACACUCCUCUUUGUUGGUUUCGUGCUUGCGAGUGGCCAACUGUUGAAUAUGAAUUGA